CAAACAAGAAUGUGCCACCACCUCCUGCAGGUUUGAUUCCACCAGAGGAUUUCCACUCCUUUGAUAUUGUACGUGCCACUCAGUAUGGGGUAUUCCAUCGGGUACGGGAGCUGAUUGAGGCUGGUUACGAUGUCAAUCAGAUGGACCAUGAGAAUGUCAGCCUCUUACACUGGGCAGCCAUAAACAACCGGACAGAGAUUGUCAAUUAUUUCAUAUCCAAGGGAGCUGUUGUGGACAGGAUUGGGGGUAACCUUUACUCCACACCCCUACACUGGGCCACCAGACAGGGACACCUGCCUAUGGUUGUACAGUUGAUGUCACUGGGAGCUGACCCAUCCUUGAGAGAUGGCGAGGGCUGCAGUUGUAUCCACCUGGCAGCCCAGUUUGGUCACACAGCCAUCGUAGCAUACUUGAUAGCCAAAGGUCAGGAUGUGGACAUGCAAGACCAGGCUGGACUCACUCCCCUCAUGUGGGCUGCUCAUCGAGUCUUUGGCUAUGACCCGAGCCGACUGUUGCUGACAUUUGGAGCUAGUGUCAACAAGAAGGACAAGCUCAAUGGGAACACUGCUCUACACUGGGCCUGUAUUAGUGGCAACCACGUGGUCAUCAAACAGUUGCUGAAUGCAGGAGCAGACAUUCAUGCACUCAACAAAAAGGGAGAGAGCCCUCUGGACAUUGCCAUCAACCAGAGCAAUGGGGACCUGGUGAAAAAGCUGAGGGAGAUGCAGGCUGCAGCACAAGCUGCCAAACAGAGCAUCCUGGGCAAAUAUACCUCCAACAAGACUUACAGAAUGAGAACUGCUUAUAUCCUACCUUUUGUUGCCAUCUUUGUCCUCGGCUUCAUCCCAGAGCUGACUGCCCACUGGUCACUCAAAGUCUUACUCUUCUUCCCAUGUUUUAUUGCUGCCAACAUUAUAUUCAGGAGCAUGUUUGACUCUCAGAUGGCCCAGUUACUGCCCAUCUCCAUCUACCUGGCCACCAAGUUUUGGAUGUAUGCCACUUGGUUCUACUACUUCCUGCCAUAUGUUGGAGCGGACCCGCUGGUGCAGGUUGUAUUUGUGGUCAACUCGGUGCUGCUGACCUACAACUUUUACAAGUGCUGGCAGACCGAUCCUGGCUACCUCAAAAGCAGCAGAGAAGACAAGGUCAAGACGAUCCUGGAGCUGGCGGAGACACAGAGCCUACGCCUGGAGCAGUUCUGCAGCACCUGCCUCAUCCGCAAACCACUGAGAUCCAAACACUGCUCCGUGUGUAACCGUUGUGUGGCCAAGUUUGACCAUCACUGUCCCUGGGUUAACAACUGUGUUGGAGCCAACAAUCAUCGCUAUUUUAUUGCCUACCUCUUCUUUCUGAUGGGAAUGAUUCUAUUUUGUCUCUAUGGAUGUUUCAGUUUCUGGCAAAUUGAGUGUCCCUUUGAUUUCUAUGAGGAUGGCAUCACAGGGAUCAUCUAUAAAACCUGGAAGAGGUCGCCCUGGGUUGCCUGGAUUGCUCUCAAUGCUCUGCUUCACUUGGUCUGGGUUGUCUCCCUCUUCUCCUGCCAGUUGUACCAGAUCAUGUGGCUUGCCAUGACAACCAAUGAGAGGAUGAACCAGGCUAGGUACUGGCACAUGCAGAAGAUGGAAAGUGGGGCAGAUUGUGGUGGGCAGUCUGAUGGCUGUAGUGACAGAGCUAGUAGUGGACAUGGACACAAUCAUGGACACAGUCAUGGUCACCACUCCAAGCCCAAGAUUAUCAGCCCAUUUCACCGUGGAGUACUGAAAAAUUUGGUUGACCUCAUGAACUGGAAGUGCUGUGGCCUGCUGCGACCUCUGCAGGUUGAUUGGACAUCCAAGUUUACACUGGACUCUGACUCUGGUCCCAACUACCAGGCCUCCAACUUACACGCUGGCAGAGAGAACUAUCAGUUUGUUUAG